AACGAGCAGUCAAAGACUGAAUCAGCAGCAUGUCUACAGUGUUGGUAGUGGUCCUCAUUCUCUGCGGAAUCCUGCAGGUUGUGUACUGCCAGGAUAACACAACCACUACGCCCACGGACUACUGUAAGAGUAGUUUGUGUCAUUUUACGAAAAAACAUAUUGCCUGCAGAAACAAAGGAGAGAUUAGCAAACAGUGUCCUGCUGGCGCCCAGCUGGUCAAUCUAAGUGGUCUGCAUGAUCUGAUCCUGAAUGAGCACAAUGCAUUGCGAAAUAUCCUUGCUGCUGGCAAAGUCUCGAAUUUACCUCAACCCGAUCGCAUGGCCACACUGCAGUGGCAUACCGAACUGGAGUAUCUGGCCACACUGAACGUGAAGCAGUGUGAUUUGAAGUACGACCCUUGUCACAAUACUCCUGAUUUCGGUAACUCUGGCCAGAAUCUGGCACUGGUCAAUAUAAACUUGCUGAAAGGAGAUGGAAACCACACAACUGAGUGUCUGAUAAGGGAGUCUAUUGGCGGCUGGUGGAAUCAGAGUGCCAAUAUCACAAAGGAGCAGUUGCAGCGUUUUCCGAAGGGAAAAUUGGCUGAAUCCUUUAGCAACUUUGCCGUUAUGGCCCGAGACAACAACACUUUCGUGGGCUGUGCUGCCUUGAGUUUUGAGAAGCCCGCUGGCCAUCCUCAAUUCCUGCUGGCCUGCAAUUAUGCCAGCAAUUAUGUCCCCGACUGGCCUAUUUACCGGGAAAAAGCCAUCGGCUGCCAGUCGGGCUCUGACCUCAAGUAUCCAUCCCUUUGCAAGGCUGGUGAGCAAUAUCAAGAGCAGCCGAUGGAUGAGACCACUAAGGCGAAGAGCUUUUGGGGGCUGUAGGAGUGCUAAAAAUAACACUUAGCCAAGUGCUUGGAGUGGGCGGAGGUGCACUCACAGUCUAUUUAACAUGUUGAUUUGUGUCACAGUGCGUGGCGGUCAUAUAUCAUCUCACAGCAGCCGCAUUAGCACAGACACCUGGAAAACCAGUGAUGCCGUUUUAUGAAUGCCAAAAAAAAUCAGAAAAGUCGAGUAAAAUAAUAAAAGCUGAAAGUGACAGAAGAGGGUUACUUGUUUUUUAGGGAACGAUUUUUUUUUGGUUUAGGAAAUAUAUAAUUUUUAUGAUUAUCAAAAUAUACAUAUAUUUAAAGGAUGAAAAGUACGAUAAAUUGUAUUCAACAUAAAAUAUUUAUUUAUAUCAAAGAGGAAACUGUUUUUGGAUAUUCAAUUUCAAAGCAGCUUACAAUUUAAUAAUGAUAUUAAUUUCAUUUCUGAAAAUCGAUAAUAAAUUAAAUGGUUUUCUAAGCGAUUAUGCUUUCAUAUUUAAA